UCGUCACAGCAGCAGAGAGAGGAUGAUCGCACCCACUCUCCUCUGCAUCGCCCUGGUUUGUUCGUGUCACUCGAGUGCCGGUUUCAGCGCCAUCCCCGAGACAGCGAGUCCACCUGGCCCACCCUGGACACCACGCCGCUGCCAAAAGUUGAGUUUUGAGAAGCUGUCCUGCUGUCACCUGAAUCUAUCCUCUGUUCCCACUGGACUGGACCCAAGGCUGAGAAGACUGGAUGUGUCCAACAAUAUGAUCAGUGGCAUGGGUGUGGUGAACCUAAGAUUUCUUGAAGAGCUUGAUGUGAGUUACAAUCACUUGCAAUUCAUACAUGAGAAGGCUUUCCAGAACCUGGUCCAGCUAUAUAACCUGAACCUUGCAGCAAACAAGCUGAAUGAUAACACCGCAAACAAUAGCAAAGCCUUCCAAGCUCUCCACAGGCUCCAGAUUUUGGACAUGUCCUUGAAUGGUCUAGAUCACAACGCCGUGGAACUCUACCUGAGGAACAUGUCCUGUCUAGAGCACCUGAAGCUAGCGGGAAACACUCUGACAAAGCUCUCAUCCAGGCUAUUCAAAGAAAGCUGGAACCUGAGGAGCAUUGACUUAGAAAACAACUUGAUUUUAGAUAUAGAAGAGGGCACAUUUGAGCCCUUGAGGAAACUAACGGUACUGAACCUGGCCAUGAAUAAUCUGGCCUGCAUCUGUGAUUUUAAACUUCAUGGACUGCAGUUCUUGAACCUAAGCAGAAACUCCAUCGAGUUCUUCAUUACUCACCAGAAUGAUGAUGUGUAUCAGCUGGAAACAUUAGAUCUGAGCUACAACAGUAUUCUAUACUUUCCAAUAGUCCCCAAAAUAAGUCACCUGAAAUAUCUCCAUUUACAAAACAACAAAGUGGGUGCCUUUGGAAUGGAAAUGUCAAUUUUAGAAGUAAGCUCUCUGUACACAGAAAUACAUUCAGAAAUAUAUAGGAAGGAGUAUGAUGAUAUGUCAUACUAUGAUAUGUACUCUAACUGGAAGCUGAUGCCAUUAGUGCAUUUGGACUUGAGUAAUAAUCAUUUUACAUCAUUUCCUUUAAAAACAUUACACCACCUGCAGUCUCUGGAGGCCCUAAAUAUGAGUGACAACUGCCUGUUCAAUCUCAGCCUUGGUGACACUGGAAAUGACAGCCGAGGACUCCCACACUCACAGCCUUUCCUAUCAGUACGCUACUUGGACUUGCAACGCAAUCAAAUCCAACACCUUUCCCCUGAUUUUUUUGAGGCCCUACCAAAGAUAGAAACAAUAAAUCUCAGGAACAACAUGGUGAACCCUUGUGCUGCUGGAAACCUGCCUGAUCCCAUGAGACAGAACAUCACCAAUGACACCCUGUGUGUCUCUUUUGCUGGUAUCAGAUCUCUGAAAUAUCUCGAUCUUAGAGAAAAUGGUAUCAAAACACUGUUCCCCUACACAUUUCAGCAUACCCCUUUGGUGUCUCUCGACCUGUCUGGUAAUAAGGACAUGAGAAUAGCUAAAGAGGCUCUUGCAGGACUUCAGAACACCCUUGAAACACUCAGCAUUGUUGGGAAUGACAUGGAGGGUUCGGAUCUGUCCCUACACUGUUUGGGAGCGUUGAAAAGGCUCAACCUGUCUGACAAUCAAAUGGAUAUUCUCCCCAGCACCAUUGGCUGCUCACCUUUGAGAGAGCUUGAUUUAAGAAACAACAGUUUUACCUCUUUGGAUGAGUGGAUUGUUGAUGAUCUCUUAUUGCAUCUUAAUGUCAUGCUUAUUGGAGGGAACCCCUUCAACUGUUGCACCACCGGGUGGCUUAAGAUCUUAAAUGAAACAAGAGUGAAUAUUCUCGACCUACAUCAAGCAACAUGUCUCUACAGACUCAAUGACAGCAUAUACACUGAGUUACUAAGCAACUAUGCCAUACAGUGUCCUCUUGAACCCACUACAAAGUCUACUGGACUGAACCUACUUAUUCCUGUUGUUAUUUUUGUUAUAGUUGUUCUGUCCUUGAUGAUUACUGUAAUACUGCAUGAGUCACACAGUGCAACACAGCGGAUACCAGUUUUGAGGGAGAGACACUACUCCACUGAUGCCAUUAGAGUAAAUUCCAGGGACUCUUGA